AUGUCUCGACCAACAGGACUCAUAGCCAAUUCUGGCAUCGAACUGUUAACAUUUGGCACGCCCAAUGGCCAUAAAGUUUCCAUUCUACUAGAAGAGCUCAAAAAUGCAUAUGGCAAGGACUAUGCUGUACAAUCGAUCAAUAUCAUGCAGAACAUCCAGAAAGAGCCCUGGUUCACCAAAUUGUCACCCAACGGUAGAAUUCCUGCCAUCGUGGAUCAUGACCGCAAUAAGUUUUCUGUCUUCGAGGGUGCCGCAAUUUUAGCUUAUCUCACAAGACACUAUGAUCCAGAUCAUAAGUUUAGCUUUGAUGAUGCGGACGAUUUGAGCAGGUGCGAACAGUGGGUCGCGUGGCAACACGGUGGUUUGGGCCCAAUGCAAGGGCAAGCCAAUCAUUUCUUCCGCCUAGCCAAGGAACGUAUCCCAUACCCAACUCAACGGUACGUGGGUGAGAGUGAACGUCUUUAUGGAAUCCUUGAUAUCCAGCUCGCCGACCGCGAUUACCUUAUUGGACCUGGACGUGGAAAAUACUCUAUCGCUGAUAUUGCUUCGUUCUCCUGGGUCAACUGGGCCUACUUUGCUGGUGUGGAUCUGGCCAAGUUCAAGAAUGUCGAGAGGUGGUGGAAGAGAAUUAACGACAGGCCGGCGGUACAGAAAGGAAUUGAUGUCCCAAGUGAGGGUAAGAAUUACAACAGCAAGUAUGUGGAAAGGCUGGAAAAGGAGAACGAUUUCAAAGAGAGUGAAGAUAAGCUGAAAAAGCUGGCGGAUGAGGCAAAGAAGCAGUAUGAUUAUAAGUUCUCUGCUCCAUAA